CCAAAACGGAGGUAUCCUGGGGUAAAUUGUCUUUCAUUCUCUUUUUCUUUAUAAUUUUGUAUAUUCUAUAUAAAUUUUUUUCCGGUUCAAACAAGGAUUCGAUUUACACCUCCUAUCGUUACACAAAUUGAAGCGCCUCCUUCUGUCGCAUUUGAUCCUCAUCAGGUCUCUUUCUUUUUUAUCUUUCUUUCUCUCUUCAGCGCUCGUCCAUAAGGUCCAGGAUUCCUUCUGAGUGGAACGGCCUGGAUCACCUCCCUAAGUGCACCCGCUGACACUGCAAAACCACAGAACCGGAGUGGCAGAAAUGGAAACCCUCAAGGCUCCCAGCACGGGCUGGAAAUCCUGGACGGCCAAGAAGAAAGCUCUCCUAAUCUCGUCGAUUCUCAUCUUCAUAAUCGCCCUCGCUGUUGGUCUCGGCGUCGGUCUUGGCCUCGGCCUCAACAAGGGGAGCGAUAAUGACAAUGAGAGCGGCGGUAACAACACCACCCCGACCACCCCCAACAACACCGCCAUUUGGCAGCCUGCCGUCGGCACCUCCUGGCAGAUCGUGCUGCGCUAUGCCCUGAAUGAUACCUCAUAUGACGUUGAUGUAUACGACAUCGACCUCUUCGAUAACAAGAAGGCGAUCAUCGACGAGCUCCACUCCGACGGCCGCAAGGUGAUCUGCUAUUUCUCAGCAGGCACGUACGAGGACUGGCGCGACGAUGCAGACAAGUUCCCCGAAGACGAUAUCGGCGAUAACCUUGAUGAAUGGGAAGGCGAGAGCUGGGUUGACAUCCGCUCGUCCAAAAUCCGCGACAUCAUGCUCGACCGGCUCGAUAUCGCCGUGCAAAAAGGCUGCGACGGAGUCGAUCCAGACAACGUUGACGGGUACGACAACCAGAACGGGCUUGACCUCACUCAGGAUGAUACGGUUGACUAUAUGAAUUUCCUGGCGGAUGAGGCGCACUCACGCAAUUUGUCGAUCGGACUCAAGAACGCGGGCGCCGUGAUCCCGCGCGUGAUUAGCAGGAUGCAGUGGAGCGUCAACGAGCAGUGCGCGCAGUAUGACGAGUGCGAUACAUAUGCGGCAUUUGUCCGGCGCGGUAAGCCGGUCUUUCAUAUUGAGUAUCCGAAGGGGGAUGACACGAAUAAUGAGGUCCAGGUUACGGGGCAGAAGAAGGCGACGGCCUGUGACUUUGACGACUCGAAUGAGUUCUCAACCUUGAUCAAGAACAUGGACUUGGAUAACUGGCUGCAGGAAUGUUAGCUCUUACUGUCUACUCUAAGGUUAUGUUGAGAACGAGCAGGGGUUCUGUUGAUCUUGUAUCUAGAUACUAGUGUAAUAUUCAUACCCGAUAUUGU